UAUAAUAUAGAAGUGCUGUCACGGUGUAAGGAGCUGGCACGAUCAAACAGAAAAAGCAUAUGCAAAGGUGCUGAUUAAAGGCUGACAUUUUCCUGCCAUAUUCUGGGGAUCUCUAGUCUAAGAAGAGGAACGAGGGCUGGGGUACCUGUGGCUUGACUGCAGUAGCAACAUGAGUGCUGGGGUUGAAGAAACAGAUAUUGCAUCUCCUCUAAACAGCGCAGCAGCUACAGAAGGAACUGGAAAUGCUACAAAGGCAACACGACCCACAGCCCCUACAUCACGGACCACAGGUGCAAAUGUACGGGCUGGAGGUCCUACCCGGACCCCAAGGCCAGCCAAUGGGGCUGCAGGGGCAACACGACCUCCCGCAUCAAGGGCUCCGGGUCCCACCCGCACUCCUGGGCCUGUUCGAGGAAUGCCCAGACCUGCUCCAUCAGGAACGCAACCUGUGGGUUACAAGAGUGGCCGAAGAUCCGUUCUCAGAAGAUAUUGUGUCCCUAUUACAACUACGAUAUUGGUGUUGGCUUCAAUUGUGGUCAUAGCCAUACUGGUUAAAGUUGUCCUUGAUAAUUAUUACUAUUUCUGCCUAAAAUCGUUCAAAUUCAUCCCCCUGGACAAAUGGUGUGAUGGUAAAUCUGACUGCUCGGGUGAUGAGGAUGAAAGCCGCUGUGUGCACCGUGUUGAAGUUGACUCCCGCAGUUCUGUAGUCAGGAUAACCGAGCAGGCCUCUCUUCUACAACUCUAUAUGAUAUCUACGCAACAAUGGAGUUGGAUUUGCUCCGAUAGUUGGGACAGCAACAAGGCAAAAGCUGUGUGUACUCAACUUGGAUUCUCUGGCGACCCUGUGUUUUCUCAUGUACCUACCACAGAAGUGGACACUAGAUCUGCUUCCAUUUUCAGCACUGUCCAGCAGCUGAGUAACCGUGAGCUGCAAGUAGUUCCUGUUUCAGGGGGACGCUGUCCUUCUGGUACCUUAGUUUCUCUCAGAUGUACAGUGUGUGGUGCCAGUCACAAGAGGGAGAGGAUUAUUGGUGGCAGCGAUUCCACCAUCGAGAACUGGCCAUGGCAAGUCAGUCUGCAGUUCAUGGGACAGCAUGUUUGUGGCGGCAGCAUCUUAGCCCCUCAUUGGAUCCUCACUGCUGCACAUUGCUUCAAGGGGCAGGAACAGGUUGACCGGUGGCGGAUCCAAGUCGGCAUGGCAAAGCUCACAUUCCUCUUCGGCUCACAGGUGGACAAGAUAUUUUUACACAACCAAUAUGUGUACGAUCAAAAGCCAUAUGACAUAGCACUGAUGAAACUGAAGAAUGAUCUCAGCUACUCAGGAUCCGUUCAGCCCAUAUGCCUGCCUGGGUUUAACAGCAACCUGCCACCGUCUGCAACUCUGUGGGUUACUGGCUGGGGUAACACUCAGGAGGGAGGAAGUUUGGCUACAAUAUUGCAGCAGGUUUCUAUUCGCUUAAUCUCCUAUGAGACAUGCAAUAGUCAAUAUUUUAAUCAGAUCCAGAGUACCAUGUUGUGUGCUGGACGUGAAGCCGGAGGUGCUGACACUUGCCAGGGUGACAGUGGGGGUCCCUUAGUAUCGUAUGGGAACAGCUCCCGCUGGGAACAGAUCGGUAUUGUCAGUUGGGGAGAUGGCUGUGGACGGCCAGGCAAAGUCGGUGUCUACACCAAGGUGUCCUCGUACCUGGACUGGAUUUAUGGAGUAAUGAAGCGGGAACUGUGAGCUCUGCAAUGGACCCUUCAGCACAGACUCUUUAAUUCCUCUGAGCCUUGUACAGACCAAGUCUGAUCAGAGGGACUGCACAAUGUCUUGCCAAGAUGCAAUGUUCUGUGAACCGGAGAACUACCUCGUGGUCUCAUGCUCUGCAGGACAGCAGCAUGUAUAAACUAUACUCUGCACGCUUUCAGCAGUGGGGAAUUGAUGAUGAUGAUGAUAUACCCCACAUGACUGUGUCCUACUUUGUCAUUCUGAGUUUAUUUGGAAUCUAGGGGAUAUUAAUUGUUAAAUGCCGGUCUCUCGCUGGUUUUAUCCUGUUAAUUCCAGAGCGUUAUGUAUUGGUUUGUUUAUUCCCUGGCACUGAGAGGUAAAUUAGGUGGGAGCCACAAUCUGUAGAUUUCUAUUGUAUAUGUUCUACAUAGCUCUCUCGUAGCGAAGUUGCAUAUUCAUAACCUGUAGAGAUCUUUUAUUCAUAUACCUCUCUAUAGAAACGCACUUACAAAAACCUAAUUUAGCACCACAGAGAGCUGGCCUUCUCCUCCCACACGUUACUAUUUAUUAACCUGCCCACUCGAACCCCACUAUAAGUUUAUUUUCACAAUACCCCAGAUCUUUAAAAUAUAAACCCGACACAACGUCCUAGAUCCAUCAGCUCAUUUGUUGCAUGUACAUAUAUAAAAACGGUUGGAAGUGUAAAUAGUUUUUUAAUGUUAAUAAAUGUUAUGAUGAAAAUCUGUGUCCUGAAAAGGAAAUAUCACUUAUAUUAAAGCAUCUCCCAAAUACUACUAAAAGGGUGGUGAAUAUA